AUGGCAUAUCCUGGCUCAGUUUCUCUCCAUGGAUUGAGGUCUGCUUUCUUUUACAGCAUAGGUGGAGAAGGAGGACGAGGCCACGAAGGAAGUUACGCCGGCAAACAUUUCCGCAUGGGAUUCAUGACGAUGCCUGCUCCUCAGGACCGACUUCCCCAUCCUUGCUCCAGCGGCUUCUCCGUGAGGUCACAGUCCCUGCACUCGGUGGGGGGCACAGAUGAUGACCGCAGCUGUGGCUCCCGAAGACAACCACCCCCCAAGCCCAAGCGAGACCCGAGCACCAAGCUGAGCACCUCAUCGGAGACAGUCAACAGCGCAGCCACCAGUAAGAGCGGGAAAGCCCCCGAGCGCUCCGAAGUUUCAGCCAAACCGAGACCCAACAGUGACGAGUAUUCCAAGAAGAUUCCUCCUCCAAAACCGAAACGGAAUCCGAACACCCAGCUCAGCACGUCUUUUGAUGAAACGUACAUGAAAAAGCACGCGCCCCGGAGGACCUCGCUCACGCGGGACGCCUCCCUCUCCCAGAUGAGCAGCCCCGCGGGGGACCCCGAGGACGAGGAGCCCGUGUACAUCGAGAUGGUGGGGAACAUCCUCCGAGACUUCAGGAAAGAGGAUGACGACCAGAGCGAGGCUGUCUACGAGGAAAUGAAAUACCCCAUUUUUGACGACUUGGGCCCAGACUCCAGAUGUGACCUUGACCAUCACAGUUGUUCUUCGCAGUGUGCUACUCCCACCGUGCCUGACUUGGACUUCGCCAAGUCCUCAGUGCCAUGCACUCCAAAGGGUUUGCUUUGUGACAUCCCCCCGCCCUUCCCCAACCUGCUUUCCCAUAGACCCCCCCUGCUGGUGUUCCCACCUGCCCCCGUGCAGUGCUCCCCCAAUUCUGACGAGUCUCCGCUCACCCCGCUGGAGGUCACCAAGCUCCCGGUGCUGGAAAACGUGUCUUACAUGAAACAGGCCGGAGCGUCUCCAUCCUCGCUGCCCCCCCACGCCUCCAGCCACCCUAAACUGGACAAGGACCAGAGCGGGGCCCUGGGACCUGCCGCCGCCGCCGCCGUGCUCUCCUCGUCCCCUCCCCCGCCGUCCACUCUGUACCGAACGCAGUCCCCCCACGGCUACCCGAAAAGUCACUCGGCCUCCCCGUCCCCUGUGAGCAUGGGGAGGUCCCUCACCCCCCUCAGCCUCAAAAGGCCUCCCCCCUACGACGCCCUGCAUUCUGGCAGCCUCUCCAGGAGCUCUCCAUCAGUGCCUCAUUCGACCCCCAGGCCAGUGUCACAGGAUGGGAGCAAGAUGGUCAACGCCUCCGUCAGCACCUACGGGGCGGCUUCCAGCGGCUCCCGCUCCAGGACGCCCACGAGUCCUUUGGAAGAACUAACCAGCCUCUUUACCUCGGGGCGAAGCCUGCUGAGGAAGUCGUCCAGCGGCCGCAAGUCAAAGGAACCCGCAGAGAAAUCAACAGAGGAGCUGAAAGUGCGAAGCCACAGCACAGAGCCACUGCCAAAGCUGGACAGCAAAGAGAAAGGACACCAUGGGGCAUCUUCCAGAGAGCCUGUCAAAGCUCAGGAAUGGGACGGAACACCAGGGCCACCUGUGGUCACCAGUAGACUGGGAAGAUGCUCUGUGAGCCCCACCUUGUUAGCAGGAAACCACAGCUCAGAACCGAAAAUAAGCUGCAAACUAGGCCGGUCUGCGUCCACAUCAGGUGUGCCCCCUCCGUCAGUUACUCCUCUCAGGCAAGCCAGUGACCUGCAACAGAGCCAGGUGGCAUGCAUGCAGUGGGUUCAUGGAGACCAUACAAUGCUUGAGAUGAUUGAGAAAAAGCGUUGCUUGUGCAAGGAAAUAAAGGCUAGACAGAAAACGGAAAAGGGUCUUUGCAAACAGGAUAGCAUGCCCAUCCUGCCCAGCUGGAAGAAGAAUGCAGGUGCAAAGAAGUACAGCCCUCCACCCUAUUCUAAACAGCAAACGGUAUUCUGGGAUACUGCCAUAUGACUUUGUACAGGAUGGUUUGAGUUCCACAUGACUUAAUGUGAAGAGGGAAGUCGACUCAUUAUGUGCUAAGUAACUGUUCAGUAUCUUUUCUGUUGGAAUGGAACAUCAGCACUUCCCUGAAAAACUCAUGGGAAGCUGCGCUUACUCAUGGCAAGUGCAAAAUAAAAUGUAUAUUUCCUUGCAAUUAAGGCACACUUAUUUAUCACGGAUUAUUUUGAAUCCAGGAAGAGAUUAAGAUGUACAUAUUUUACUAGUUUAUGGGUGACACCUGAAAUAAUACACAAUAUACGUAUAUAAAUGACAGAAAUAUCAAGAGUUUUACUAUAUGAUAUAAUUUUGGUAUUAACUGGUUUGUUAUCUUCUCUUUUAUAUAUGUAAUCCCUUGAUGCCUUUUAUUAUUAAUUUUGCAGUUAAACUACCUUUUUCUGCCCAUAUUUGUCUUCUGUACAAGAGCUCACAGCUAUAAAUCAUGUUCAAUCACACAAUAUAUGAUCUGGUGCUAGUAAAGUAUAAGUUGAAUAUCAUAAUCAUUAAGAACACAUGUUGUUUCAUAUGUUUUUAAGAGUUGGACAGGGAAUGCAUGUGAGUGUGAUGCUUAAUGCGAUGCUUAAUUUGGGUGUUCACAUUACAUCGACACCAACAUUUUUGCUACACUGGCUUUCUAAGAAUUUCUAUUGAAUAUCAUCUUGAUACUAAACAAUAUUUAGUCAGACUCCACAUAAAGUUAUUAGGGUAUCUUUGGACAUCCCAGCAGUAAAACUUUCCUUCAGAAAUGACAUUAAGGAUGUCCAUCCAUGCAUCAUUGAUCUGAUUGGAGGAGACCAGGGUUCACUGUGACAAGGGAAGCAACAAGGAAUCAAAAGUUAAAUAAAUAGUGAGACGACAUUCAAGAAGCUGGGACCUGUGGCAUUGCAGCCACUGUAAUCACUAUUUCUAAGUAAAUUCUCAUGUGUCUGUCCCCUCCCCCGUUACCCCCCUUCCCCCAAGAAGAUGAGAAAUAAAUAUUUAACCAGGUGCGUUUACAGAUUUUAGUACACUAAAUGUCAAUCCUCCUCAAAAUUUAGGUCUAGUAACAAAAUGGUAUUUCUUGUACAUUUUUUCACCCUAGUUAUUACCACAUUUUUGGGUCACAGUCUUCUGUGCAUGAGUAUCACACCCAUUCCCACUAAUUAUGACACCGUGACCAAAGAAUUAUGACCACUUGUUUAUUUCAUUUUCUUUCAAGAGAGAAACAGGAAAUGCAGGGGAUCGGGGACGGGGUGGAUUGAACUUUAUGAGGUGGUAAAAUUUAUGUUAAACAAAUUAUAUAUAUCUUUUAAGAAUAGCUUGUUAGUUGAAUAUAAAUAUUGCCACAAAUGAAUAAAAAGGCAACUAUCACAUAUAUUUUGUAUAUUUAAAUUACUAUUUAUGCUUCUUAAAAUUGACAGUAUGUGGUUCUUUAACAAUCAAUUGAGUAUUAUAUUUCUGAGAGACAAGGUAUGUGUUUGAAGUUAUUGUCAUAGUGGUUUUCCUUGUAAGGGUUUUGACAGCAAUAGUGCAGUGUUGCUCAAUAAAACCAAAUAUAGCAGGAGUUAGGGAACUUUUGUAAUCUAUAUUCCUAAAAAAUCUAGUAAUACUUUAUCAGUAAUAGUUCCUUUCAAGCCUUUGAAAUCUUAUAAUUUUUUAAGAUUUUAUAAUUAAUGUAUAUUUUGAUGUCCAAUUAGAAUUCUGAAAAAAAAUAAGGAAAAGGUAAGUGGGAGCAUGUGUAUUUGUCAUGUGUGUGUGAAUGAGGACUCAGUGGGAGAACUGUGUACAUAAAAUGCUUUCUAAAGUUUUAGGUUUUGCUUGUAUACUUGAGGUGGUAAAAACAAAUAAAAAGCAGAACCACAAGUUCAGGAAAUCUUGGAGGGAUCUUAAGGAGCUUAAAUAAACCCUGUUGCCAUAUUUCACCAGUUAUGAAACCCAAUAACUCAUGGGACACAAAUCUGAGUGAUAAAAAUGUGUUAAGAUAAAAUCAUAAUUAAAAUAAAAUGUAUUAAUAACCCAAGUUGUUAUACUGAUUCAAGUCAUUAGGACCACAUACACUCAAGCCAAUCAAUCAGACAUCAGACAUCAGUUCUUAGCAUCUUGAUUAUGAUCUUGGUUUAUUUAUUAUAUUCAGGCUCCAUAGGGUCAUGAUUGGAUAAUUCCCUGGAACUUAUAUUUAGGUAACAUGUGUAAGCACGUUUUCAGAUGCUGAUCUUCUCCAUAUUUCUCUGACUUAAGCAGAAGACUUUUUUAAUGCUGGCCAUUUGUCAAGAAGGAAAUAGGGGUACUGACAUGAUUUGGGCUGGAUUUAGCCAUUCCCAUUUAUUCUGCCCAACUUGUUGCCGAGUUUCAUGAAAUCCUUUUUAUUUUUUUUAUUUUUUAAAUACAUUUUAUUGAUUCCAGAGAGGAAGGGAGAGGGAGAGAGAUAGAAACAUCAAUGAUGAGAGAGAAUCAUUGAUCGGCUGUCUCCUGCACCCCCCACACUGGGGAUGAAGCCUGCAACUGGGGCAUGUGCCCUAACCAGGAAUCAAACCGUGACCUCCUGGUUCCAUGCUCAACCACUGAGCAACACUGGUUGGACAUCAGAUACUCCUUUUUAAAAUAAGCUAUUUUCUAGAAAGGUAACUUGUUUGAAAUUCUGAUCUUAGGCAAUGGUUUCCAUUUAAUUUCUCUCAAUCUUGCUUUCAAUGGGGAGUAAUGGAAAGAUCUGGAGAAGUGGUUUCAUGGAUUUUGGCUCAGGAACUGUUAUUAUGUGCCUAUCCUACUGUCUACUCUGGCUUAGCCUGUAUGGCAAUAGCAAAUCUAUAAUGGAUUUCCUCUUGGUAUAUGCUUCUUUAUGUGGAGGGAAAAGGAGGAUAGGACAAAGAAAAAGAGCUUACUUUCUCAUGGUCAUCAAUUAGGACACUUUAGUCUAUGAAUUUGGUUAGAUUAUGACAAAAAUCCACCUUCAGCCAGAACAGCAUUGAAUGGCAAUGCUCAUCUUUUUCGCAGUGCCAAAGAACAGAUCUUAUCCUGGUAUGUUUAGCAGGUGGAAAGCACUCAGACCUACGAAAACAUGGUCUUUUCACAGCAAAUUUUGGAGACACAGAAUUUUAUUGGCUGUCAGCCAGAUGCUUUUAUAUGUGAGAAACUUCCUAUCUGAGAAGAGACAAAUCAAAUCCUGAAUUUCUGCCCAGUCCCAGUAGCCAGCACACUUGGAGGUCUCUCAAGAGUUCUUUAUGGGAACACUACCCCCCUUGCCCCGUGUUCACGCUGUCGAAGCAAGUGUGGAGUGAAAAGUGACUGAUCUGUGUCAAUGAGCAUUGCUAUCCUCCCAUAUAAAAUUGCUGGGAGAGUGAAACAAAUAAAACAGUGGGAGGUUAACAUUUGUAGUUUUACAGAAUAUACAUCUUCAAAUACACAGCCAUUGUGUGGAUACAACCAGACAGAACUUCACUUUUCAAAAUAAUGACACCGGAACUUCAGAGACACUGAGGUUCCAGAAAGUUGUCUUUGCUUUGGAGAGGAGAGAAACCUUUUUCUUACUACAUUCUGGCUUUAGCCUCAUUCUCACACACCUUUUGGGUUGACCCUUUUGAGUGAGGUUAAUGAGCAAGUCAAAAACACUGAACAACCCUGUUACGAUAUCAUUUUAACUAAGUAAACAAGACAUCUAAACAGUGCACAUAAAAUGCAGUUUUUCUAUUACUUACAUGUUAAGGUGAGCCACUUGCCUAUAGAAAAGAGCCCGUAAGCUAAUUAUGGCUACCUAUGAAAAUAAGCAGAGUCCUAUGAUUUAAGCAGUAAUCUGAGAUGAGAAAUAAUUCACCUUUGUGAAGGAAUAGAUGUAGAAUAAAAUAGCAAUUUGUAACUCAUUAUGUCCCAAACUUAAAUGGAAGUGAAAGAAAAAUGGUACUUAUAGUAUUUAAGAUAGUUAACUGUAGAAUGUGGACAAUUUAUUAAUCCAUUACUCAUUUAACAGUUCACAGUUGAGCAACUUAUGUAUCAGUUAUUUAAAAAAUUUGUGAAGUAUUUGGCAUUAAAUAUUCAAAAGAUGUGGCCCUGCCUUUAAUAAGCUUAAUUAUGCAAUCAUUAAUAUUUUCAAAACAAAGUCAAUUGUUUUUAAGAAGAUAUACAAUAUCACAUGUGCUUGACAUCACUUAUGUGCUUAUAUAUGGUAUUCUCUUUUCUUUCAAAUCCAAUGUACAGUCAAAAUAAACUAUUAAAACAUAGUAAAGUCAAUGUCUAAGUAUAAAAUGUUUAUGUGUAAGCCUCUAUGUGUGCACAUAGGAUAUGUACCACUGUCUAUCAGAAAAUCAGUAAGAUGAUAGCAAGUUUUGCUAUGUUGGAAUUGAACACUAUUGCUUGGGAUUUAGAUUAAUUUAUAACCUUUUGAUAUUUGGGUCAAUCACAGCAUAGCAAAGGUGUUUAAUCUGGAAAAAUAAUGUCUGUACAUUUCCAUUUAAGUGUUAUAUAAAUUCAAAUUUAAGGGGAAACAUCUUUACAGAGAUAUUGUUGGAUUUAUCUCCCAAGUAUAUAUGACACAUUUUUUGAAGUGUUCAGUUGUUCCCAAAUGUGACUGGGUUUGCCUACCCUAAAAGCAUUUACAUUUACUCGUGUAUACAGCCACAUACAGUAUACAUACUGUAUAUAAUAUAUAGGGAAAUGUUUAGUAAUUCUUUGGUUUGGAACUCCUUAACAUUUGUAGUGUAGCAGUUCGUGUAAAGUGCACUGUGAUUAUACAAAUCAAAGCACAGUAAAGUCACAGGUCUUGUUAUCUUGCACUAAAAAUGUGUUUACGUAUUUAGCAAGUGUAUGUUUACUUUCUUGCUUUUUUCAAGAAAUUGAAACAAAUAGCUAUUAAGAAAAUUAUAUAAAAUAAUAUGUUUUUUAGUGGGUAAUGGCACUACAUUUUUAAAAGACAGGGUUUUUAAAGGAAACCAUUUACCAUCCAUUCCAAAAUGACAUGUUUACCAUAUCUAAAAACCUGAAUGUCAUAUUGAAUUUUUCAUAAACUUGUCAGGUAUGUGCCUGAAAAAAAUGUGCAAAUAAGCAUUAGAUAACAGAUUUCUCUACUCGUGUGUUGUUAGCCAUUUCUAUAUACAUAAUAAUACAAACAUUGAUGUUUUAAUUUCUCUUAAGUUUUGUACUUGGUUUUUUAGGUAACAUGUAAUUAUAAAUGUACUUUGAUACUACUGAAGUAACCAGAUGUUGUUUAAAAACAAAUUGUUUUCUUUAGUGCAUUGACAAUAUUUUAAAUACUUUUGUGCUUAUUUAUUUGUGCUCCCGUGUAAUUAUAAUAAAAGCAAUAGUUUAAAUUAA